AUGAAGAUUAUGCAGCUGAACCUGAACCACUGUGCAGCGGCUCAGGACCUCCUACUGGAGUCGGUCAGGGAGAACGGGGUGGAUGCUGACGGCGGCUUCGUCAGGGCGCUAGUGGGCAGCGUUUGGGUGUACAGCGUAUACCUAGCCCCCAGUUUGCCAAUUUCGGACUUUGCUAACACACUGGACAGAUUAGCUGCGGACGUGAGAGACCACUCACCGGUAUUCGUCGCAGGCGACUUCAACGCUUGGGCAGUCGACUGGGGAAGCAUGGUCACCAACCAAAGAGGGCGAUUGCUGGUCGAAGCCUUUGCUUCACUGGACCUAACUCUUCACAAUCAAGGCUCGCAAUGGACAUUCAGCAGGGCCGGUACCGGCUCAAUUGUUGACUUAACAUUUUGCAGCAGCUCGCUCGCUCAUUCAGCGGAGUGGGAACUCGUUGAGAGAGCUGGAAGUUUCAGGCAGCGCAGAGCAAAUGGUCGAAACUGUCAUGGAGAGGCUGGAGUCGGCUUGCGUAGGCUCUAUGCCGAGUCGAGCAAACCCCUCGUUACGCCACACGCCAGUUUAUUGGUGGAGCGAGACUAUUGUCGCCGCAAGACGUGUCUGCAACCACGCGAGGAGGCGUUAUCAGAGAGCACGGGGAAGACCCUCUUUCCCAGAAUGGCAAACACUCUUUGGAGAGAGAGUCGCAAAACUCUUAAAAAUGCGAUCAGGGAGAGUAAAAAACGGUGUUUCCUGUCCCUGUGUGACACACUGGAUGACGACCCAUGGGGCAAGGCAUACCAAAUCGUCAUAAGGAGAAUCGGGACACGGAAAUCGCCACCAUCACCGGAUGAUAUAUUGCGUGGGAAUGUCACGGAUUUGUUUCCUAGCGUGGAGGAAGAUAACGCAUGGCUGCCAAAUACAGCAUCCAACGAUUAUCUGCCGCUGAAGUUGGUUACCAGCGAGAAGGUGUUAAAAUGCGUUAGAAGCAUGAAACAAACCGGGGCUCCAGGUCCGGAUGGCAUACCCGCAAGGGCACUUAUGCUCGCCUGCUCCCUCCAUCCAGAAGCUUUUUCAUCAAUGCUGAAUAAGUGCCUGGAAGAAGCCAUAGUCCCGGAUAGGCCUAUCUGUCUCAUCGACGUGGCGGGGAAACUGCUGGAGAAGGUGAUCUGCACUCGCUUGGAGGAAGCUAUAUUGGUGAACGGAAACCUUUCCCCCAACCAAUAUGGAUUCCGGAAGGCCAGGUCGACAGUCGACGCUAUCGAGAAGGUAGUUGGUAUUGCUUCCAAUGCAAUUGGUGGCACUCGCUGGAAAGGGGGCCAGAAGAAGUACUGUCUGAUGGUGACAUUGGACAUCAGAAAUGCCUUCAACUCGGCCCGCUGA